GGUGGAAAUCCUUCAGCCUUUCAACAAGGGCAGUGGAGUGAAGCGAGUUUGUGAAAGUCAUGCUACGCACAUUUUAUGCUUAAUUGCAAAGCGAGUAUAUCCCAGCGUCCCGCUGUGGCAACACUGCUCUUCUCGUACUACGGACACGCCAGGCAGAAUCGUCAGCCGACCCACGCUCACGGCUCUUUCUUCCAGGAAUAUUUAAUGUCAUCAAAUCAUUCACAUAUUUUAUUGGAAGAAUUCUGACAUCUGCUCAGGACGCGACAAGCGGACCAUUAAAGUGCGUGUUGAAUACAGAUAUGUUGGUAUUGCCAUAAUUAUGUAAUGCGACGUGCAAGGAUGGUAUCUCCAGACUGUUGUCUUUGACGUGAUGUCCUGAAUUGUGUCGUGUUGUACAGUUAAAUCAGGUAUUGGCGGAAUUACUGUGUUGCGAAACUUCUGGAUGUGAACAGUGUACAUUUGGGAACAGUUAUAUCUGUGAACUUCAUGUGGAAGUAAUUAGUCAAGCUGCAUGAAGGAAGUCAACGAUGCUGUCAUUGGGGGCACUUGUCUUCCUCGUCGGGUGUGUCAUCAGGACCCGAGCCCAAUACGGAUACAUCAGUCUCAACGCUCGUGCACUGUCAGAUACGCAGGUGUUAGUGUCCAGGUACGACGUCGGCACCGUCAGCCUCGCCAACCUCGACUUCUCCUACAGACAGGAUGGAACAACAACGUGGACAACGUUCAGGUUGAACCCUACUCGGCGGUACUUCCCUGUUACCGAGCUCAACAGUAGCACGCUGUACUACAUCCGUGUGGAGGGAAGGCAAAUGAGGAGCUACAGCAUGGUACACGCCUAUACACAUAUCAGAACACCACCAUACAGUCAAAAGGCACCCAAUAACGUGACGGCAGUGACGUUAGAUGAUGACUCAGUGAAGGUCUCGUGGUCCCCUCAACCAGAUGGCCGAGUGUUGGGGUAUCUGGUCAUCUACACAGAGGUGGACAGCAAGGACAGGUCCCUCACGGAGUAUAAAGUGAAACCAGUGUUCAGAGACUUCCAGACAGUUCUCAGGGAUAUAAAAGGGUCGUCUCGCUAUAAGGUUGAAGUAGCUUCCAUCUCUCUGGACGGAGAAGGUUCCAGCAAACAGUCCGUCUAUGUAGGGGACGAAAAAACACCCUUUCUACGAAUGGUUAUUCCGCCACGUGACUCCAAGGUGAAGGACAAAGGUAUCCUUAUUUUAGUCUGUCGGGCGGACGGAUACCCGAAGCCAAGAGUGACAUGGCGUAAAUCUGGACGAUUGUUUGACGACAGAAACAGGCGAAUCUAUGAGGAUUCGAGUGACGGGGUGUCCAUCCUUAGGAUCGACCCUGUAGUGUCCCGGCAGGACCACGGGACAUACACCUGCAUUGCUGGCAACGGCUUUGGAGAAAUAGUGCGGGCGAGGGCCACCAUCAAGACAUACAAGGAAAAAGCCAAAAUUCCAGGCUUUCCCGUCAUUUCCCAACACCCGGUGCUCAACUUUGUUGAAGAAGGGGCAGAGGUCAUCAUGAACUGCACGUCCGAGGGCACUCCCGAUAUCAUCACGCGCUGGUACAAGGACUCCUUCCCAGUGUACUACUCAAAAGACAAUCGGGUCGCGUUAGGGGCCAAUGCACAACUAAUUAUUGUACGCGUGAAGCUCUCAGACCAAGGAAAAUACGAGUGUUCUGCUCAGAAUGACCUGGGAGUGGUCUUCUCCUACCCUGCACAUCUCUACGUUAAAGAACGAAUUUUGAUGAUGACACCCCCGUCGUUCCUGCGGUCCAAGCUGCGGUUCAAGGUCGACUACGGCGAGGAGGUGUCGUUGACGUGUGACGCCGUGGGUCAGCCUGUGCCGGAUGUAUGGUGGGAGCAAAACGGAAAGCGCCUGAAGGGCCGGUCUCACAAUGGUCAGAAUAUUAAGGUGCUGCAAGACUUAAGGCAAACAUCUAACUACACAUGUGUGGCGUCCAACCCACUCGACACCAUCCGGAGAGACUACUCAGUGAGGGUGUUCGAACCUAAACUUGAAGACACCAUGGUGGCGCCCUCCUUCAAGCCCGCAUCUCUGUCCGUCAAGGUCAAGUUCGCCGGUUCCACUAGUCUGACUUGUGAGGCUGAAGGCGAUCCUGUCCCACGUGUCAUCUGGUUGUUACGGGGGAAAAUACUCAAACGGAAGUCAGACAAUGGCAAGAACGUCUUACGGCUUAUGCGGCUGAGAGGGUCUGGAAACUACACCUGCACGGCAAGCAACAUCGCCGGCAACGUCAGCCAGGUCUAUAAUGUUACCGUGGCGGCCAAAGUAGAGAGAUUCAGAGUAAGUCGACCAGUGGACUUACAGACAGCAGUGGUGUUGCCGAACGAGGUGGAGUUGAAGUGGGAUCCCCCGAAGAACCUGAGUGGGGUGACAGGGUUCGCUGUGUAUGUGGUGGACACUGUUACCAGUGACGAGACCCGUGAGGAGCUCCCCAUAGUGUACAACCACACAGUGACUAACCUCCAACCAGACAGACAAUAUAGCAUCCGGGUUACUUCGUUAUCAGAGUCGCUUGACGGGAAGGGCACUCCUGCCGUUUUAGUGAAGACUCUUAAACUUGGUAGGGACGUGCAUUUACCUUCCCGAGAACCUGCUUGAAAUUUUCUGUCCACUAUUGAAAAUAAUUAUUUGUUUGCGAGACUGAAAAGGAAACAUGAUAAUCGUCGGCAGUACAACGCUAUUUGAGUGAUAUUCACUUAUUUUUUUUCAUUUGUAUGCCAUAGCAUAAUUUGUAAUUGUAAUGAUACAGAUGAUUGUGUUGCGGUGUUGGCGCAUCAUGAUGUUACAUGUAAUUAAUUGGCGUAACAGACAAAGGGUAACAUCGUAGCUACGACACGUGGUAGCAUGUAGUUCACCUGACCUGGGUGGGUAAAAAGUCCCCCCCUGACAUAGACUAUUGCAUGUCGAACGUGACAUGGCGUAACACGUGUCGUACGUGACAUGGCGUA